GUCUCUUCAAACUGAAGCAAUGUUGGGAUAUCUGACAGCAAGACAAACUGGUCUGGAUGACCCUUUGCGGCUGAAACGAGCAGAGUCAACAAGGAGGGUCCUUAGUCUGAAGUUAAAUCCUGACCGAGAUGUGGAUCGAAUCCAUGGAAAUGGAAUUAAUACCUUGGACAUUGAAACAAUUGAGGGCAGAUACAUGUUGUCUGGAGGUGCUGAUGGAGUGAUCGUCAUCUAUGACUUGGAGAACUACAGUAGCAAAACACAGUACACCUGUAAGGCAGUCUGUACAGUAGGCAGGUCAAGCCGACAUGUCCACAAAUUCAGUGUGGAAACUGUCCAGUGGUAUCCCUAUGACACAGGGAUGUUUGUCUCCAGUUCUUUUGACAAGACCAUGAAAGUUUGGGACACAGAAACUUUAAAGCCUGCCGAGGUGUUUGAGUUUGACGGUAAUGUCUAUAGCCACCACCUGUCCCCCAUCGCCAGGAAGCACAGCCUCAUCGCAGUUGGAACGACAAACCCUAAAAUCCAAUUGUGUGACUUGAAGUCUGGCUCACGGAUUCAUGUCCUUCAGGGUCACAGAGCAGAAGUGCUGUCUGUGCGCUGGUCGCCCAGAUACGCACACAUCUUAGCCACUGCCAGUGCAGACAGCAAGGUGAAGGUAUGGGAUGUGCGACGAGCUGCAGGUUGUCUCUUCACUUUGGACCAGCACAAUGGAGAGAAGUCUAAAGCCUCUUCGGAGACCGUUAACACAGCUCAUAAUGGCAGAGUGAAUGGUCUCUGUUUUACUUCUGAUGGCCUCUACCUCCUAACCACUGGAACAGAUGACCGCAUGAGGCUAUGGAACAGUGCUAGUGGUGAAAACACACUGGUAAAUUACGGCAAGGUCUGUAACGAGAGUCGUAAAAAGCUGCAGUUCACCGUGUCUCGCGGCUGCAGCCCGGAGUUUGUGUUCGUGCCCUGCGGCAGCUCGGUGGCGGUCUAUGCCCUGCACACGGGAGAACUCGUCACCAUGCUCAGGGGUCACUACAAUAACGUGGACUGCUGCGAGUUCCACCCAGACUAUCAGGAGCUGUACAGUGGAGGUAAAGAUUGCAACAUUCUGGCGUGGGUACCCGUCCUUCGUACCCCAGACAUGGAAGAGGAGUCAAAUCAGGAAAAGAAGGGUGCUGCUGGUCCAUCUGCUGUGAACCCAGCCUUUCAGGACACCUGGAGCAGUGAUGAAGACUAAUGCAGAUGUUUUGAAUCUGUUUACAUUUAUUAUAGGGGCUUGCCCUAUGAUUUUGGGGGUUAGUCUGUGACUGUUUGGKCUUAAAACCUAAGAAAAGUGUGUAAAUAAGUGUAAAAUAUAAAUGUCUACAAUAAAGUACUGAUAUUUUGUUUUA